AGCACUGGCAUGCAGGGUGGCCGGCAGCCCAGUCUUGGAAUGGACAGCGUUCAGGACACGGUCCCCCCAGACCGAGGAGGCUGUUGCCCUGCCCUCCGCAGGCUGGUCCCUGUUGGCUUUGGGGCCGAGGCAUGGAUGCUCCUUGCCCUUUCUGGACCCCUGCUGUUGUUCCAGGUGCUGUCCUUCAUGAUCCAUGUUGUGAGCUCGGUGUUUUGCGGGCACCUGGGCAAGGUGGAGCUGGCGUCCGUGACCCUCUCGGUGGCCUUUGUCAAUGUCUGUGGAAUUUCCAUAGGAGCAGGCUUGUCCUCAGCAUGUGACACUUUGAUGUCCCAGAGUUUCGGGAGCCCCAACAAGAAGAAUGUGGGGGUCAUCCUGCAGAGGGGCACUCUGGUGCUGCUCCUCUGCUGCCUUCCGUGCUGGGCACUCUUCCUCAACACCCAGAGCAUCCUGCUGCUCUUCAGGCAGGACCCGGCCGUAUCCAGGUUAACCCAAGAGUACGUGCUCAUUUUCACCCCAGCACUUCCGGUAAGCGUCACUGUCUGCUGAGCUGGGAGGAGGGUGGACUUCUGCUCCCCUGAAUUCUGGCUUUUUCUUUGCCACGCCAUGUGCUGGGGAAGCCCGUGGGCUUGCAGGGACUUUUCGCUGUGCCACUGAAGCUGGCUGAAGGGACAGCAGAAUUCCAGUCCCAUUCCGCGUACGCAGACUGGACUUUAAGAUGUAGGAUGGCAUUGUUUUUUGAUGAGAAAACCAU